AUGACUGACUUGGGACCCUUGUCUUAUUUCUUGGGUUUCGAAUUUACAAAAGUAACAAGAGGAAUAGUGAUGCAUCAACGUCGAUAUGCAACAGAAGUGUUGAAGAGGUUCAACAUGCUAAAUUGUAAUUCAGCAAUCACUCCAUCAGAAGUGGGUCUGAUUCUAGAGAAGGAUGGGAGUGAUGAAUAUGUCGACGAAACAGAGUAUAAGCAGAUUGUUGGUUCAUUACGUUAUCUCUGUCACACAAGACCUGAUAUCGAGAUUUCUGUUGGGCUAAUAUCAAGGUACAUGCAGAAACCUAGAGUAUCUCAUCUUCUUACUGCCAAAAGGAUUUUGAGAUAUAUCAAGGGAACAAUUGCGAUCGGUAUUUUGUUUCCGAAUAAUAAUAAAUCAAAGGAAGAGGUUGAAGUCAUUGGCUACACUGAUGCAGACUAG